AUGAUUGAAACAGAGGUUUGGAAUGGCACUGUUGAUACAUGCCGAAUAUUUAAUUGUGAUGAAACACCUCAUUUUAUUAAUUAUGGAAUUGAUGGUACCACUUCUAGAUUAUUUUAUGCUGGCAAAGGAGAUGCAUGUCAAAGAAUGUAUAGAGAAAACAGAGAAUGUGUCACAAUUCAACCAUUUGUUUCAUUUUCAGGCGACAUAUGUAUGUGUCAGGUAAUAUUUAAAUGUACUGGUAUUACUAGUUCUAUGGUUCCAACAGAAGCAGUAAAUAAAAUUCCCCAUUUGUUGGUCACAACUACAGAUAAUGGAGUAUCAACCUAUGAAUCUUUCUUGACAGCAUUGAAAGAGUUUGAUGUCUACUUAAAUGAAAAUAUGUUAAGCGACCCAUCGUCUUAUUAUCAGAUGGACAUAGCUCUAGACUAGACUUUGAUGUAUUAUCUUUUUUGGAGUCCAAAAGAAUUCAUCUUUUUCUUACUCCACCAGACACAACAGGAGUUACUCAACUUCUUGACCAAGUAAACAAGAACAUUCAUAGUGAGUAUCGUAAGCAAAAAAACUCUAUGUUUUCUGAUAUCUGUUCCUUAAACAAAGAAGCUUU